AUUUUUCUUAGCCUUCAAAUUUGGGGAGUUUUUGUUUUUUUUUUCUUCUUCUGCUCCGAAGGGGUGAGAAAAGGCAGAUUCGUAGCUUUUGCCAGGAGUGAGUUUGAUCAGAGCUUAAAAAGUUGGUGUCUUUGAUUGUGAUAUCUCAUGCCAAAUUAUGAUUUCCCGUUUGUUAAUACAGUAUGAACCGUCGCUGUAAUUACAGCAUCUUAUUCUUACUUUUCCCUGACCAAACCUUGUUUUGUGUUGCUUGGCCUAUCCUUCUUUGCUACUACACGUUGUCUGGUUCUUCCAGUCAUCUUCCUCUCUCUCUCUCUUUUUCUCUUGUCUCGCCCUAUGCAUCUUUCGGUUUGAAACUACCAUUUCAAAAGCCUUGCUUGCUCUCUCUGUUGAAACACGAGAGGGGACUGAUCCAAAUUGUCUUGAGUGUGAAGCUUCAAAGCCCGAAAGUUUCUUCUUUUGGAACCGCUGCUUGUCAGGGAUCCAAAUGAAUGGGCUCAAUCGGCAGAAAGGUUCAAAACAUGGAAAGUCCUGUUCCUGGAUGCUUAGGCAGUAUGGUGAACCUCUUUGUUCUGGACGCAACUGCUAGGGGAAACAAGUUUCUUACUGAUAAACCUCACAAUGACGCAUCUUCUCUGUCGAGGAGUCGAUCUGACGUGGUCCAAAUGCUGAGUCCAUCAUUUGGAGACCAUACAGAAGCUGAACUGGUUCUGUCCAAUCUGAGGAGAAGUGCUUCAGACGAAGUAAACGGUACACCGAUGAAGAAACUCAUUGCUCGAGAAAUGUCGAAAGAAGUUGAACGCAAACAAAACCCCACCAAUGUUGUGGCCAAGUUAAUGGGUCUGGAUACUCUUCCACAGCUCCAGCUUGAUAAUACCGCUUCACAACAGAGCUACGAAGAUGCAUACGAAAUGUGGCAGCCGCCUCAGAAGGUGAAUCGUUCAAGGGAUAGCUCGUCUAGAAAAGGGAAGAACGAUGAAGCCAUGAGAGAAAAACAGAUAGCUCUUGUCCGGGAAAAGUUCAUGGAAGCGAAACGCUUGGUAACGGAUGAGAAGCUUCAUCAGUCCAAGGAGUUCCAAGAUGCACUGGAAGUUUUAAGUUCCAACAAGGAUUUAUUCGUCAAAUUUCUCCAGGAAUCGAAUUCAUUCUUGUCUCAGCAUCUCUCCGAUUAUCAGCCUGUUCCUCCACAUCUUGAGACGAAACGCAUCACGGUAUUAAGACCUUCCAAGGCAGUUGAUACCGCGAAAUUUGUAGUACAAGACAGGAGGAACAAACAGAUCAAGAAAUCAACUUCCUCGGUUCAUAGAACUGGAUGGGACAAUCGUUAUCCAGGUUACCCAUCAUCUUUUGUAAACCGACAGGCCAGAGAACAGCCAUCUCAGCCAACCCGGAUAGUUGUCUUGAAGCCUAGUCCAGGGAAAGGUUUAGAUAUCAAAGCUAUGGCUUCAUCAUCUCCAUCAUCACCCGGAGAUUUUCACGGCGUGGGCCCUUUUGAUGAACCUGGGGAUGCCGAGUCAAGAGAAGCCGCAAAGGAAAUAACAUGUCGAAUGCGUGAAAAUUUGAUGGGUCAUUGUCGGAACGAGACUCUGUUUUCUUCGGUCUUGUCCAAUAAUGGCUAUAUUGGUGACGACAGUUCGUUUAACAAGUCCGAUAGUGAAUACCUAGUGGGAAACCUUAGUGAUUCCGAGAUCAUGUCACCAGUCUCUAGGCAUUCAUGGGAUUGCCCGAAUAGGGUCGGCAGUCCUCCUUUCUCUUCCUCCUCUUUCAGUCGAGCCUCGGAUUCUCCAGAGUCAUCGGUCUGCAGAGAGGCGAAGAAACGGCUUUCUGAAAGAUGGACGAUGAUGGCACUAAACGGGACUACUCAGCAGCAGAAAUACAUCCCGAGAACCUCGAGCACUUUAGGUGAAAUGCUUUCACUUUCAGAUACCAAAGCUCCAACUGGAUCAAACGGAGAGAAUAACGAGGUAAUGCCAGAGGCAAGAGCAUCAACAUCGUGCAUAAACAGCGGUUUGAAUCAAGAGGAAAACACCAGAGAUUCUCCAAAAACCUUAGAAAGGUCAAAGUCGACACCUGGUGUUAGGACAAACACUGAAGCUUCUGGUUUGGUGGAGUCGAGAAGCUUGAAAUCAUCAUGGAAAGUCUCGAACUUUUUCUUCUUCAGGAACAAGAAAGCUAUCAAUAAAAAAACCGGCGUGUCUCAGACCAGCAAUGAGCCUCAAUUGGCUGCACUUGAGAUGCCUUCUGUCGCUACUCUUCCCGGUAAAACCAGUCACAACUGCUUGUCCUUUACAGAUAGUUUGACUCCUGAUUCAUUACGACAACAAAGCCUAUUUCCUAACGAGGGAGAACCAAGAACAACAAAGCUGUCAAUGGCGGGGAAUGCAAGUGAAACUCAGGACCAGCCAAGUCCAAUCUCGGUUCUACAGCCACCGUUUGAAGAGGAAAUCAACGGACUUUCAGAAUGUUCUGCACUGUCCAUGCCGAAGACCCGAGGACAGGAGAUGUGUCUGAAAUCUAAUCUGAUCGACAAAUCACCUCUGAUUGGAUCCAUUGCUCGGACCCUUUCAUGGGAUGAUGACGAUGACUUGUCUCCAGACAUAACUAGACCCGUGACAGUGAUCCAGGAAUAUGAAGACUGGUAUUUCUUCAUAGAAACACUAUUAACAUCCGUAAGUCUCGGCUGCAAUCGGUGGCACUCGCCGGAUAGUCCCUUGGAUCCUUCACUGAGAGACAAAUACCCCGACCCGGAUAACCACAAGGACCUGACCUAUGAGUCUAAACGAAGGCAACAGGGAUCGAAUCAAAAGCUCAUCUUCGAUUGUGUCAAUGCCAUCGUAGCAGAAACGACCACAACUCUUUCACGGAACAGCCUCAGCCUACCGGUGGACCUGGUGGACCAUGCAUGGAGCCAGUUGAAAGAUUGGCUUUCUGGCUCGGGCUCAACCGAUACGAGCCUUGACAUGGGCGAGACAGUGCACACGACGAACAGCCUAGCAGCAGAGAGGGUGGUGAGGGACGAGGUUGUCGGGAGGACAUGGCUCGAUGGUCUGAGAAUCGAAAUGGAUGAGUUGGGGAUAGAGAUCGAAGGGAAGUUGCUGCAAGAACUCGUAGAGGAGACCUUCCUCGAUCUUACUUGGUGAGAGAGAGGCAACAAAAUACAUUUUCACAUUAUAUCUUUUUAACAUAUAUAUAUAUAUAUAUAUAUAUAUAUAUAUAUAUAUGACGUCAAUGUAAACGUUGCAGAAAGGGUUCAUGUUAACUACUGAAGAGUGGCAAUAAAAUUAUGAUCUUUUUUCC